ACAUUCUUCGAUCAAGUCUGUAAUCCACCGGCCAUAUAGCAAGAAUCAAAGGGGGGAACCAUGACUAGGUGGUGGUGCUAUAGGUGGCAGAUGGUGGUUGUUCCCUUUCUGUUCUUGUUAUUUCUCAUAAAUCCGGUGAGAUCACAACCACAAACAAACAUACUAAUCCAAAGUUGCAGCCAAAUCAACGUCACCAACUCCCCGAAUUUUUUCCGCAAUCUUAACGAGACUUUUGGAAACGUCCGACGACAACUAUCCAACAAUAAUACCUACUUUGUGACUGCAGAACAGACGAGGAAUUCAGAGCCUGUUUAUGUACUUUUGCAGUGCAGGAAGUACAUGUCAACUCGCGACUGUGUGGCUUGUUUUGAUUUUGCCGAUAGGUCAAUACGUUCCUGCGCUCCUGCCAACGGUGCCCGAACAGUGCUUGACGGUUGCUAUCUCAGGUACGAAAGUAGCUCUUUCUACGAGGAAACAACAAGGCCAGGAAAUGUUGGCUUAUGUGGUAAUCGUACUUCAUCACGACAAAGUGUUUUCGAAACAGCUGUGGAUGGAUUAUUGUCCAAUCUUUCUAUUGCCACCCCUAAAAUAAGUGGUUUCUAUGCUGCGGCCACAGCACCAGUAGUUGGUACGAAUACCAGUAAUGUUUAUGCUAUAGCACAGUGUAUCGAGAGGGUUACACGCGAUGGAUGCAAAGAUUGCUUACAAGUUGCAUACAACAACAUCAAGAGUUGUGCAACAGAUGUUACUGAUGGAAGGGCUAUUGAUUCUGGGUGUUUCAUGAGGUAUUCUGCCUCAGCAUUUUUCGCCAACAAUAAAACUAUUGACAUCACACCGUUUCUACGAGAUGGAGGUUCAAGCAAUAAGGGAGCAAUUAUUGGAGGUGUGGUUGGUGGUGUACUUGCUCUGAUCAUCUUGCUAAUUAUAGCUAUUCUUUUGUGGUAUCGUCGGUCCAGAAAGAGAACAGCACCAGGAGGUAGCUUAUACGGGGCAACUGAACUACAAGGCCCAAUGGCUUAUAGCUACAAUGAACUCAAAAAAGCGACAAAGGAUUUCAAGGAAGAAAAUAAACUUGGAGAAGGAGGGUUUGGAGAUGUGUACAAGGGAAUAGUAAAGGACGGAAACAUUGUUGCAGUGAAGAAACUAGCCAUAGGUUCCAAGAGAGGAAAGGAAGAUUUUGAAAGUGAAGUACGGGUUAUUAGUAAUGUCCAUCAUCGAAAUCUUAUCCGCCUUCUUGGAUGUUGCAGCAAAGGACCAGAACUGCUUUUAGUCCUAGAGUACAUGGCAAAUGGAAGCCUUGAAAAAUACUUAUAUGGUGAAAAACGGGGGACCCUUGACUGGAAACAACGGUCUGAUAUUAUCUUUGGCACGGCCAGGGGUCUGGCAUAUCUGCACGAACAGUACCAUGUAACCAUCAUCCAUAGAGACAUAAAACCAAGCAACAUUUUGCUAGACAAUGAUUUUCAGCCGAAAAUUGCAGAUUUUGGAUUGGCAAGGCUUCUACCAGAGGAUCAGACCCAUAUUAGCACUAGAUUCGCAGGAACUUUGGGAUAUACGGCACCAGAAUAUGCAAUCCACGGACAGUUGUCUGAGAAAGUUGACACCUACAGUUUCGGCAUAGUGGUCCUUGAGAUUGUUAGCGGGAAAAGAUGCACAGACGUCCCAACUGAAUCGGAUGGAGAACAAUACCUCCUUGAGCAUGCUUGGAAUCUGUAUGAGACUCGCAUGCACUUGAAGUUGGUUGAUGAGACAUUAGACCCAAGUAAGUAUAGAGAAGACGACAUAAAGAAAGUCAUAGAGAUCGCACUAAUGUGCACUCAGUCGCCUGUUUCUGUCAGACCAACAAUGUCUGAAGUGGUGAUGCUUCUAAGUGAUAGGUCAAGAGUACAAAACCCGCCAAGUAGACAAAACGUCAAUUUAACCAACAUAAGGACACAAACUGAUAACUCCACAUCUACUACCUUGUCCAUGAGCAACAAUGAUGCGACAAUCACGGAUUUAACAGGUCGGUAAUUUGUUACCGGGCUAUGCUCUGUGCCAAGAUGGAUCUAGAGUCGUAUGCAGAAGAUUUGAAGUGUAUGUUCAUGCUUAUAUAAUCAUAGAUAGUCCCGGUUUGGAAACGAAUGUGUGUGCACUAUGAAACAUGUGUAAGAACUUGCUCUUGGGAUGAUGUUUCGUAUACUUUAAACUCAUGUUCAUGGAAAUAAACUACUUGGAGACUUUUCCUCUUUA